AGCUGAGGAGGAGGAGGGACAGUAACACUUCAGUUUCAGUUGUGCACUAAGUUGUGUAAGUCUGUGUCUUACAGAGCGACAACGUCUUGUACUACUCUGUCAUGUGCGACGGCCUUAUUAAGUACAACAACACUCGGACGCUUAAACUCAACGACCUCAACGACAACAGCCCGGUGUUCACACAGAAACACUACGACGCCACAGUGUCAGAGGCACAACGUGUGGACUCCGAAGUUCUUCGGGUGAAGGCUGUGGACGGAGACAGCUCCUCAGCAAACAACAUUGUGACAUAUUCCAUUGUGCCGGCUUCAGAAGACUUCACGGUGAACAGCGUAGGGGCUUUUAUUUUGAAGAGACGCUUGAACUACAAUAUAGUCCAGCAGUACAACUUCACUGUGACAGCUCAGGCAAGUCAAUGUAAAGACUCAGAACACCAUCAGUGUGUGGUGUGAAUCCUCAGGUAACCUGCA